AUGAGACCUGCAGCAGUGUGUCCCUCCCCCUGGGUAAUCAGGGGUAUCAGUAAGGGUGACAGUGUGUCCCUCCCCAGGGGUAUCGGUAAUCGGUUGGAGGUGACGGUGUGUCCCUCCCAGGGGUAUCAGGGUAUCGGCCGCAGUAAGGUGACCGCUGAGUGUCCACCCCCAGGGGGGUAUCGGCCGCAAGUAAGGGUGACGGUGUGUCCCUCCCCAGGGGUAUCAGUAGGGGGUAUCAGUAAGGUGACAGUGUGUCCCUCCCCAGGGGUAAUCAGUAAGGUGGACGCUGUGUCCCUCCCCAGGGUACUCGGUCCGCGUAGUAAGGUCACGUCUCUGUGUCCCUCCCCAGGGGUAUCAGUAAGGGGUAUCAGUAAGGUGACGGUGUGUCCCUCCCCAGGGGUAUCAGUAAGGGGUAUCAGUAAGGUGACGGUGUGUCCCUCCCCAGGGGUAUCAGUAAGGGGUAUCAGUAAGGUGAUGGUGUGUCCCUCCCCAGGGGUAUCAGUAAGGGGUAUCAGUAAGGUGACGGUGUGUCCCUCCCCAGGGGUAUCGGCCGCAGUAAGGUGA